AUGCUCAAGCGGAAGUUGGUCCAGUGCCUGAGGGAAGGAGACUUGCCAAGCUAUCGUGUCGUGCUCAACGCGCAGGCAGUCCUUUGCAGAGGCCUUCCCAUCGAUCCCAUCGCAGAUUUGGUCCCGGGCUUCGAUUCCUCCCAGCAUGAGUCUGAUGAGGGCUCACUUCGCGUUGCGCAGUUCUUGUUCCAGAACGGCUUUGCCCAGGUCUCUGAGUACGACGCCAUGGGCUGGUCGCCGAUGUGCUACGCAGCCCUUAACGGGGAUCCAGCACUGGUGAAGGCCUUGUUGGAAAGGCGCGCGAACCCCAGCGAUGAGACCAAGAAGGGCCAGCCCCUGCUGGCUGUUUCGAAGCAGAUAAGUGCACUCGCCCUUGCAGCUAUGUUCCGGAAUAACGAUGCUGUGAAGCUGCUUUUGGCGGCCAACUCUGAUCUCCAUCCCAGAAGAUCCAGUGUUCCUUUGUGUCUGGCUUCUUUCGGAAACAAUGCCGUUCCUUGGGGACGAGAUGAACCCUAA